GCCAAAAAUCAUAUGUUAUAAGUGAUUUCGUUUGUGACAACUGUCGUACCAGACUUAUGUGGAAAACUUAUUCCAGUUGUCCUUGAACUACAUUAAUUGACCUCCCGUGAUUUUUUAUAAGAAGUGAGCUUUUAUGUGUUAAACCUCUCAAUUUUUAUAAAAAUAUGUCAACAUCCGUUUCUUCGUAUCAGGGUUUCUCACCUAAAGAAGAAGAUAAAGUCCCUGUCUUGGAUAGUGUAAAUCAAAUUUCUCCCGAACAGUUUUAUAGAGAUUAUGUCGCUAAGAGACUUCCCGUUGUUAUAAAAUCGCCUCUUCCAGAAACAGACUGGAAGGGCUAUCUUUGGAAAAAUGAGGAUUAUCUUCUUGAAAAGAUUGGUCAAAGUAUAUGCAAAAUCGAACCUAUGGAUCCUUCCACUGGGACUUUUGGUCAAGGAAUGAGUCGUAAUGAGAUGACCAUUGCUGAAUUUUUAAAGCGCCUAAAGGCGGGCGAACGUUUGUAUUUGACGACCCAAUACGAUAGUUCAGAUGAUAUUUUGGAUGGCGACGAUGAAGUUUCUUUACUCGUUAAGUCGUUGUGUCCGGCCCCAACGAACAGUCUAUUGUCGGAUUUUUCCUUGACUCCUGCAUUGAUGGGGAAUCUCGUUCCUCAACAAUGUAACAUCUGGAUUGGUAGAAGUGAAAAUGGCACUUCUUCUGGUCUUCACCAUGACUUUCAUGAUAACAUUUAUACCGUUGUAAAAGGCCACAAACGAUUCGUUAUUCUUUCACCUGAUAGUGCUGUUCAUCUUCAGUUGGCUGGCAAAAUAUCCAAAAUUCACCCGAAUGGACUUGUUUCUUAUGAAGGUGAAGAUCGUUCUCAACGUAGUGAUGGCUUAACAGAACUAGAUGCUGCUAUUGCUCAUACUCAGUUUCUAGAAAACAAAAUUGCUGGUCUGAAAGAAGCACAGACUUCCGAAGACAUCAUUCAGCAGUUGGAGGCAGAUUAUGAAGCAGAAAUGGAUAAUGUCCUUCAGAUGCAGCUUGGCGGAGAAGCAGAUGAUUGGGAUGAAUUGCAAGAGGGGGAUGCUGAUAGUUUACUUGAUGAAUCUACAAACGAGAUUGAGGAUGACUCAUCUUCUGUAAAUGGCGAAGAUCAAUCGGAUAACAAAGCGGAAGUUUCUCCAUCCAAUAAUGAAAAUCCGUCUCUACCUGAUCAUUUUACGAAAAUUACAGUGCCUGGCCUACACAAGUACUUGGGCUUUGAAGAUGCUAAGGACGUGGAAAUGUCUGAAGAUGAACGAACCUCUUUGUCGAAAACACGUCCUUUAGUUGUGGAUUUAGAACCCGGCGAUAUGUUGUAUUUGCCUGCGAGUUGGUUCCACGAAGUUACUUCUUCAUGUCAAGAAGGCGAAAGCAAUAUUCACAUAGCUUUCAAUUAUUGGUUUCAUCCUCCGGAUAAUUUGCAAGAUUUUGAUCAUCCAUACGAGGAUAGGGAUAUAUGGAAAGCAAAACGAUCAAUGGUUUUUAAAGCUAUACAGCGUUUGUAUACUACCACUGGUAGCAGUGAGAAAAGGGAUAUGGAAGAAGCAUCAUCUACAUCACAAAAGCAAACCAAAAAGAGGGUACAAUAAUUGAAUGUAUAUUAAUUAGGUAAAAGGUUCUUUAGUCAAAUGUUCAUAAACUUCAAUUAAAUAAGGUAUUG